GAGAGCAAGCGAGUCACAGCCCCAGCCAGACUGCCUAGGGUAAUGAAAGCGUCGCACCACGGGGCAGAGGAUGGGAGCUGUUGAAAGAUCCUUUGGGGUAGGUAAGGAAUGUCCAGAGGUCAAUAAAAUCCAGAAGGUAAUGGUCGCCAAUGUGUGAAGGUGAUGGAUGUGCAGGAGCUCAAAGGACAGAGAAGGGUGUGAAGGCAGAGCCCUAUGGAGAGCCCAACAGCACAGCCGUACAUUGAUGUGGACAAGGGGUUUGCCAUUGGGUUUGUCAUCCUGAUGUGCUUCUUCCUGAUGGCCAUGAUUGUGAGGUGCGCCAAGCUUAUCAUGGACCCGUACAGCGCCAUCCCCACCUCCACGUGGGAGGAGGAGCAGAUCAAUUGACUGGCAAUAAAGAGGAGGGAAAUUGCUAAUCAGUUCUAUGUGUUUGACUCCUUUGCCAUCCCUGUAAUCCCUGCCCCUGCAGGGAAAAUGAAGAUUCCGUAGUUUAAAUUGUGCAUUGGAUAGACUCUAACACUAAUGAUAAUGCUUGGUACCCUCCAUCUGAGGGCCUCAAAGCACGUUGCAAUGAACUCAGCUUCAUAAAACCUC